UGUCGACUAUCCGGUCGAAUACGGAAGAAGAUAUCACGCUUUCCGACCUGGAUGUGAGUGUAACUUUCGUUGCAUCGCUCUUUGCUGCUUGGUCUAAUUUACAUGGUGUCUUUAGCUUACUCCUUUCCAAACGAUGAGGUUUGUUAACAAAUCCAGAAACCAACCUCAGAAUUUGAAAGACUCUAAACUCAUGCAGCGCGAGAUGGAACGCAUGGACAUAGCCCAUGCACUCAUGGUCAGAUCAAUUGGCAACAGGCUGUUCCUGGCACCCCUCAGGGCGGGAACUCUUCACCGAGUUUUGGACAUUGGGACAGGCACUGGAAUAUGGUCAAUUGAAAUGGGCGAUAUUUUCGAAAACGCGGAGAUUAUCGGAAACGACUUGAGUCCCAUUCAACCUGGAUGGGUCCCGGCGAACGUAAGAUUCGAAAUUGACGAUGUCGAGAGCCCUUGGGUCAACGAGCACAAAUAUGACUACAUCUUUUGUCGAUACAUGCUCAUCUCAAUUCAAGACUGGCCUAGGCUUAUCAGAAACAUGUAUGACAACGUCAACCCAGGCGGAUGGGUCGAGAUCCAGGACAUGGAUGGGCUGUACUACUCAGACGACGGCACCUACACAGAAGAUCACGCCACGCGCCAGUGGAACAGGCAGUACGUUGACGCCUGCGAGGCCAUGGGCCGCACCGCCCGCCCGGGCCCCCAGCUCGAAGGCUGGGUCCGGGACGCCGGGUUCCAAAACGUCACGCACCAGCGGUUCAAGGUGCCCAUUGGGCCCUGGGCAAAGGACGAGUACUACGCCGAUGUCGGCAUGUUGAACCUGGUUCAGCUCCUCGACGGCCUGGAGGGCUUCACGCUGAAAAUCUUUUGCGGGUUCUUGGGACAGACCAAGGAGGAAGUCAUGGUCUUGCUCGCAAGAGUUCGCAAGGAGUUGAAGGAGGGCGCGUGCCAUGCCAUUUUUGACCAUCACGUUGUUUACGCUCAGAGGCCCUUCGAAGAUGAGGAAAACAACGGAGAGGCGCCACCGCCGGUAUGAAGAAAUUCGGUUCAUGGAAGACAAGCGUAGUUCCAAUCGAAGGAUUACAGGCUACCGCAAUAAUUAUGCAAGACCUCAAGUUAUCCAAUUCUAUGUAAAGUGCUAGACGGCCUAGUCCAC